CCCGCCCACCCCGCCACCGGUAGCUCCCAGCGCAGUAGCUGAUUGGUCGGCGAGGGCGCAGUUUGAUGGCGUCGCUUUGUGGCGCCGCGGUGGCAGUGGCGGCCCCCGGGCGAAGGCCGCCUGUGUGAGCGGGCCUAUGGCCCCAGCGUGCCCUCGGCUGCGGGACGUGGCGGCGGCACGAGGCCUCCCUACACUUCGUCAUGAGUUUCCUCAUCGAUUCCAGCAUCAUGAUCACGUCCCAGAUACUGUUCUUUGGGUUUGGAUGGCUUUUCUUUAUGCGCCAACUAUUUAAAGAUUAUGAGGUCCGUCAGUAUGUUGUACAGGUGAUCUUCUCUGUGACUUUCGCAUUUUCUUGCACCAUGUUUGAGCUCAUCAUCUUUGAGAUCUUAGGCGUACUGAAUAGCAGCUCCCGUUAUUUUCACUGGAAAAUGAACCUGUGUGUCAUCCUGCUGAUCCUCGUGUUCAUGGUGCCUUUUUACAUUGGCUUUUUUAUUGUAAGCAACAUUCGACUAUUGCACAAACGGCGACUACUUUUUUCCUGUCUCUUAUGGCUGACCUUUAUGUAUUUCUUCUGGAAACUAGGAGAUCCAUUUCCUAUUCUCAGUCCAAAACAUGGGAUCUUGUCCAUAGAGCAGCUCAUCAGCCGCGUCGGUGUGAUUGGGGUGACCCUCAUGGCGCUCCUUUCUGGAUUCGGUGCUGUCAACUGCCCGUACACGUACAUGUCCUACUUCCUCAGGAAUGUGACCGACACAGAUAUCCUUGCCCUGGAACGGCGACUGCUCCAGACCAUUGACAUGAUCAUAAGCAAGAAGAAAAGGAUGGCCAUGACACGGAGAACUAUGUUCCAGAAGGGGGAGGUACAGAACAAGCCUUCAGGAUUCUGGGGCAUGAUAAAAAGCGUCACCACUUCAACCCCCGGAAGCGAGAACCUGACGCUUAUUCAGCAGGAAGUGGAUGCAUUGGAAGAACUAAGCAGGCAGCUUUUUCUGGAAACUGCGGAUCUUUAUGCUACCAAGGAGAGAAUAGAAUAUUCCAAAACCUUCAAGGGGAAAUAUUUUAAUUUUCUGGGUUACUUUUUCUCGAUCUACUGUGUUUGGAAAAUUUUCAUGGCGACCAUCAAUAUUGUUUUUGACCGAGUUGGGAAGACUGAUCCUGUCACCAGAGGCAUUGAAAUCACUGUGAAUUAUCUGGGGAUCCAAUUUGAUGUAAAGUUUUGGUCGCAGCAUAUCUCCUUUAUCCUCGUUGGAAUCAUCAUCGUCACCUCUAUUAGAGGCUUACUGAUCACUCUGACUAAGUUCUUCUAUGCCAUCUCCAGCAGUAAAUCCUCCAAUGUCAUUGUCCUGCUACUGGCACAAAUAAUGGGGAUGUACUUCGUGUCUUCCUUGCUGCUGAUCCGGAUGAGCAUGCCUCUGGAGUACCGCACCAUCAUCACCGAGGUCCUUGGGGAGCUGCAGUUCAACUUCUACCAUCGCUGGUUUGACGUCAUAUUCUUGGUCAGCGCCCUCUCCAGCAUCCUAUUCCUCUACCUGGCGCACAAGCAGGCACCCGAGAAACACAUGACGCCUUGAGCUGACCAGGACAACUCUUCCUCCCUCCCUCCCUCCUCCUUUCACUGUGGGCCAGCAGCAUCACAGCUUGGAUAGAAGUUGGGGGGCAGUGGGGAGCGAGAGGGGAACAGUUCCUCCUUUUUUUUUUUUUUUUUUAAGAAAAAGAAAUGCAAUGGCAGCAUAUUCUACCUCCAGCUUCUGCCCUCUGCUGCUGUCAUGAGUAGUGUCCACUAGGCCCCAUAAGAGCUCAGGAACUCAUCUGGUCCUUGGCCAGGGCCUCCUGUGUGCACUUGAGGCUGGUACUGCAUGGAAGAGGAGGCUGACAAAAGUUAAGAAGCAAGGGGAAAAUACACUGGACCUGUGUUUGGGGAGAUUCGGAGGCAGCUGGGCCCAGCACAGCACUUAAGUUGAAUUCCAGGUCCCCAGGGAGCACCACUUUCCCAAGAGACCAACAUUAAAGUCAGAGAAUAUACCGCGUUGGCCUUAGGGUUGUUCUUUGGGUCACAGCUCGGCAGUGCGUGUGUGUGAUGGAGCAGGAGUUGACCCCCCAGCCCUUGUCUCCCUGUUCCCUGUCCUAUUAGAAUAACUGAGAACUGUCUGUCCUUGGGGAUGGGACAGUGCACGGCUGAAACAGUCUGAAGAGAGAUCAGAGACGUGUUGUUUCCCUUGGUUUCCGAUGAGUAUUGUCUGAAAGAGACUCUCAGUCCGUGGUAAUGCCUUUCCGUCUGCCCUCUUGUUGUGGCAAAACACUGAGUGACUUAGUCACAGAAGUCAUGUUCUUCGAGGGAUUCCAUUUCUUCAUCAACAAAGAGAAAGAUAUUGGGAAGUUUGUAAAACACUCAGAUGCAGUUUAAGAAAAUACUGCAUUUUAUUAUCAGGAACUCUUUUUUAUUAUUAUUACUAACAUCUUAUUCUGCAUGUGAUUGUGGCUUGGGUUGCUAGAGGCAAA